GAGCACGCGGAGGCGAACGGGGAACUCAGGUGAGCGGCAGGUUCUGGGCGCGGUGCCGCGGUGCGGAGACGUCGGACCUGCUGCAUUAUGGCAGAACAGGAUGUGGAAAACGAGCUUCUGGAUUAUGAGGAAGAUGAAGAGCCCCAGGCUCCUGCAGAGAGCACCCCAGCGCCCCCCAAGAAAGAUGUCAAGGGGUCCUACGUUUCCAUCCACAGCUCUGGCUUCCGAGACUUUCUGCUGAAGCCUGAGCUCCUCAGGGCCAUAGUGGACUGUGGCUUUGAGCAUCCAUCUGAGGUUCAGCACGAGUGUAUACCCCAAGCCAUCUUGGGCAUGGAUGUCCUGUGCCAGGCCAAGUCUGGAAUGGGCAAGACGGCGGUCUUCGUGCUGGCCACUCUACAGCAGAUUGAGCCGGUCAAUGGACAGGUAACGGUCCUGGUCAUGUGCCACACUCGGGAGCUGGCCUUUCAGAUCAGCAAGGAGUAUGAGCGCUUCUCCAAGUACAUGCCCAGUGUCAAGGUAUCUGUGUUCUUCGGGGGCCUUUCCAUCAAGAAGGACGAAGAGGUGUUGAAGAAGAACUGUCCCCAUGUCGUGGUGGGGACUCCAGGACGCAUCUUGGCACUUGUGCGGAACAGGAGCCUCAACCUGAGAAAUGUGAAGCACUUCGUGCUGGAUGAGUGUGACAAGAUGCUGGAGCAGCUGGACAUGCGGCGGGACGUACAGGAGAUCUUCCGCCUGACGCCCCACGAGAAGCAGUGCAUGAUGUUCAGCGCCACCCUGAGCAAAGAGAUCCGGCCUGUCUGCAGGAAGUUCAUGCAAGACCCCAUGGAGGUGUUUGUGGACGACGAGACCAAGCUCACGCUGCAUGGACUGCAGCAGUACUAUGUCAAACUCAAAGACAGCGAAAAGAACCGCAAACUCUUCGAUCUCCUGGAUGUCCUAGAGUUUAAUCAGGUGGUGAUCUUCGUGAAAUCAGUGCAGCGCUGCAUGGCCCUAGCCCAGCUGCUUGUGGAGCAGAACUUUCCAGCCAUUGCCAUUCACAGGGGCAUGGCCCAAGAGGAGCGCCUGUCACGCUAUCAGCAGUUCAAGGACUUUCAGCGGCGGAUCCUGGUGGCCACCAAUCUGUUUGGCCGAGGGAUGGACAUUGAGCGAGUCAACAUCGUUUUCAAUUAUGACAUGCCUGAGGACUCGGACACCUACCUCCACCGGGUGGCCCGUGCGGGUCGCUUUGGCACCAAAGGCUUGGCUAUCACUUUUGUGUCUGAUGAGAAUGAUGCCAAAAUCCUCAAUGAUGUUCAGGACAGGUUUGAAGUAAAUGUGGCAGAGCUUCCUGAAGAAAUUGACAUCUCCACAUACAUUGAGCAGAGCCGGUAACCACACAUCUGAUAUCCCAGAGGCACCCUGCUUCCCACGUGCUGCUUCAAGGCCUCUUUCUAGGUGACAGUGGGGCUUUCUUUUUACUGUUUAAAAGCUGUAGAUUUGUGUAAGAAUAAAUUUUUAUUAUGGAAGCCUGGCUCCCACCCAUC